UCGUGAUGCCAGUAUAUCAGCCUGGGGCCAUUGAGUGGUCGUCUCUGGUCUCUCAAAAGUUUUUGUGGCUCUUGCACACCAAGACAGCGCAGGAUGGGGCUCACCUGGGUAGCACUUGGCAUGGUACAGUUAGUGGUGAUGCUAUGUGUUUCACCAGGGAGCCUUGUGGUGGAUGCAGCGACUGAAAAGAUUGAUGCUGGAGGACUCAUCAAUCUCAGUAACAGAGAACAAACCUGGGCGCCUUACAUGACCCUCAGUGCCCCCUUUUCUGAAAUCGAAAGCAUCACAUCCCAUUUCUUGUUUCGGACCUACGACCCGGAGGGCUUGGUAUUCUACGGCGACUCUAACGAUGGGAAAGACUGGUUUGUCCUCUCACUGCGAGGGGGAAUACCAGAAAUGCAGUUUGGCAAAUCCACCAUGAUGGUCACUGUGUCUGGUGGCCCGAAGCUUAAUAAUGGCGUCUGGCAUAAGUUGGAGCUGUACAGCGAGGGGGAGUUUGUGGUGCUGAAGGUGGACAACAAGCCGGAGCUGAGGGUGGGCAUGCACCAGGACAACCCCGGGCCCAGCAGGGAAGGCUUCAUCCGCCUGGCCCUCGGGGGCCUCCUCAUCGACCAAAAGAAACUUCUCAUCCCGAUCAACCCCCUGCUGGAUGCAUGCAUUCGAGACGGCCACUGGCUGAGCCUCAGCACUCCAUGGGACAUCACUCCAAAGAAAAAGGAGAUGCCCUGCUCUCCUGACAUCAAACCUGGCAGCUUCUUCUCGGGCGGUGGGCUCGUCGUCUUCAACACCUCUGCAUUUGCUUUUGAUUCGUUAAACGAAAUUAACAUAACUGUCCUUGCCUCUUCGGACAAAUGGAAUGGCACAAUUCUUUCCAUGUGGUCCUACCACACAAACUCAAGAAUUGUAAGCGUGGGUGAAGAUGCCGAAAACGAGAGACUAUAUUUUAAGGUAGAUGUAGGGGACAUGGCCAUGACAGGAUAUGGCGAUAAGGACUUCAAGAGUUUCCAGAUGACCAUUGAAAAGGACUCCAUUACCAUUGAAUCACGCCUGCAGCAGCAUGUUACUCAGAGAGGCAGAAUUCCCGUUAAUGGUAUACUGGAACAGUGGAAAGAGGGAAUGCCUCUCUCAUUUGGUGGACUAUUAGGAAAGGGUGGUGACCACGACGGCUCUGCCUACAUGGGGGGCUGUUUAGAUGGCAUUUUCAUCCAAGGACAACAACUAGACUUGGACCAGGCCGUGUUCAAGGAUCCAUCUGUGUCUUCACAUAGCUGUCCUGUUUGAAUGCAUGAACAUGUUUUAAAAAUAAAUCUGAAUAUUUUGUCAAUACUACUUUUUUGUCUACAUAGUAUUCUUAAUUUGAAUAAUUUAUUUUCGUACAUUACGACGAACACGUUAAUUAAAACUAUUUCAGUCACUGUAUAUAAUCUGAAAAUAAAGAUAAAGCGGUAAAAGAAUAAA